AUGGCCAAGAACGAUGCUAUGAUUCAGAGUCAAGUGGCAUCCUUGAGGAAUCUAGAAAUUCAAUUGGGGCAGCUUGCUAAUGAGCUAAGGAAUAGACCACAAGGCACCUUGCCUAGUGAUACGAAAAAUCCAAGGAAAGAUCGUAAGGAGCAUUGUAAGGCAAUUACCUUGAGGAGUGGUAAAAACCUGGAAUUGACAGAGGAAAAUUGUACUAGAAAUAGCGAGCCCACUUCAAUCCAAAGUAGUGUGGACAAGGGAGACAAAGCUGUGAAAUCAAAAAUUUUAAUUGUUGAUCCUGAAGCAAUUGCUGCAGCAAUUCCCCCACAAAAUGCUACAAAGAAGCCUAUGAGCAAGCCACCUCUACCAUUUCCUCAGCGUUUUCAAAAGCAGCAACAAGAUGGUCAAUUCCAAAGAUUUUUGGAUGUUUUGAAACAACUUCACAUCAAUGUACCGUUGGUGGAAGCUUUGGAGCAAAUGCCCAACUAUGUGAAGUUUUUGAAGGAUAUUUUAACUAAGAAGAUGAGGCUUGGAGAAUUUGAAACGGUGGCUUUGACUGAAGGUUGUAAUGCCAUAUUGAAAAAUAAAAUUCCUCCUAAAUUGAAAGAUCCGGGCAACUUCACAAUUUCAAUUUCUAUUGGGGGACGAGAAGUUGGUAAAGCUCUUUGUGAUUUGUUGGGAGUUGGAGAAGCAAGGCCAACUACACUCACCUUGCAAUUGGUUGACCGUUCUAUGGUGCAUCCGGAGGGAAAGAUUGAAGACGUCCUAGUACAAGUUGAUGAGUUCAUUUUUCUGGCGGAUUUCAUUAUUCUUGACUAUGAGGAAGACAGGGAUGUACCGAUCAUUUUGGGGAGGCCAUUUCUUGCCACCAGGAGGACGUUGAUAGAUGUUGAAAAAGGAGAGCUCACCAUUCGAGCUCAAGACGAACAAGUCACAUUCAAGGUUUUUAAUCCUAUACGCUCUCCUAAUGAAGUUGAAGCUUGUUUGGCCAUAAGUGCUUCUAACUUCAAGUUAAUUGAAAAGAUGCAUGGAAAGUAUAGCAAUGGAGUCAAGAAAAAGGUCCCUUUUGAAUAA